CGGAUUAAAUAAAACAUUGCCGGGCUUGCCGCCGACUGACACUGGCCGACCCGACCUUGCCGUCGAACGGAGAGUAUUGCCACUCGCGACCCGCAGCGUCUCGCACUCCUCAGUUUGUUCGUUCGCUCGCUCGCGAUCGCACCGCACCGCGAUCGCACCCUAAUCUUAUCGCGUUUCAAGUGUGCCGCGCGCGUUUCAGUGUUUACCCAGUGUUGUGACGAGGAUUACUAAGUGUCGUGCUCAGUGCUUUGCCGAUCCCUUCCGACUCCAAUAUACCUUUCGAAAACGCACUACUAAACCCAGUUUGACUAUUUUUCAAUCAAAUAAUUAGUUUUUUAUAAAUUUUAAAGAAAUGGCGUCCGUUAUAAGAGCCGUCCGCGACGGGUAUGUGGAUUUGAUGGACAACAAGUCCGACCCGAGGGUCAAGGGCUGGUUCCUCAUGUCGGGACCUGCGCCCACCCUGUCGAUCGUCCUAACCUACGUGUUCAUCGUCAAGUACCUCGGCCCGAAACUCAUGGAAAAUCGCAAGCCCUACAAGCUAAAGAACACGCUUAUCGUCUAUAACGCGUUCCAGGUGGUGUUUUCAGCGUGGCUUUUCUACAGGGCCCUCCGUGCGGGAUGGUGGGGUGACUACUCGUUCUUCUGCCAGCCCAUAGACUAUUCGAACUCACCCCAAGCCCUGGACACGGUAGAUAUGUGUUGGUGGUACUACUUCUCCAAGUUCACGGAGUUCUUCGACACCUUCUUCUUCAUCAUGCGUAAGAAGUACAACCAAGUCUCCACCCUCCACGUUAUCCACCACGGUAUCAUGCCCAUGUCCGUCUGGUUUGGUGUCAAGUUCACCCCCGGCGGUCACUCCACCUUCUUCGGUCUCUUGAACACCUUCGUCCACAUCGUCAUGUACUUCUACUACAUGUUGGCCGCCUUCGGGCCGCAAGUCCAGAAAUACCUGUGGUGGAAGAAGUACCUGACCGUCCUCCAACUGGUCCAGUUCGUUUUGAUCAUGGUCCACGCGUUCCAGCUCCUCUUCAUCUCCUGCGACUACCCGAAGGCUUUCGUCUGGUGGAUCGGCGCCCACGCUGUGCUCUUCUACUUCCUGUUCACGGACUUCUACAAGCAGUCGUACGCCAAGGGUCAGAAGGCGGCCGCCAAGCUCGCGGCGGAGCAAGCUGCGCAGACCAACGGCUCGGCUGUCCACGAUGCGUCGAAGCCCAUCCCGAAGGCGGCGCAGACCCUCGAGAAUUCCUACAUCUCCCCGGAGGCGUCCCUGAGGAGCCGGGCGGGUGCCAGAUAAGUGCCAAUCAAAACUUUUUUAGUCAAUCAAUUUUCGCAUCACAGAAUCUCCUCCGGGGCCUCCGGAGCUGGAUCGUUUAUUUAUUUAGUCGUAUGUUAGUUGGUGCAGGGUUGUUGACGGGAAAAGGUCCUGUGAUGAUUGCGAGGAACUUGCGCGAAUGGACCUUUGUUGUUGACUUCGUUCUGUGGCUGUAAAGAGAAGAGGGAAACUAACUUUAACGCCAUUCAAAUGUAUAAUUGGACCGCGUUAAACAGAAAGGAACCAAGCCACAUCAGCUAUUGCCAAAUUUAAUCGGGCAAUU